AUGGCGGCCUCCAACCUCCAGAUGAAGUCGAUACCCGCGGCAUUCACCGAUCGACUCAAAAAGCUUCGAGGCGAUGAGCGAACCGAAGACUUCACCAUAACUUGCGAAGGCUCAGAAUGGAAAGUGCAUAGCCAACUUCUUCUGUUCCACUCAGAUGUGUUUGGUAAAGCUGUCUCGGGCGCCUUCAAGGAGUCGAAGGAUAAGAAACUCGAUCUCCCCGAAGAUGGCAUCACUUGCGUCAGCAAGUUGGUCGACUACAUGUACACGUUCGAUUAUCAGGUGGAAGAAGCCUGCGCGGCGCUGUCACUCAGUCUCAACACCGAACUAUACCUGGCAGGGGACAAGUACAACGUCCAGCAUCUGAAGGAAAUCGCUUUGCGCAAACUCAAGGAGGUGGCUACUCAGCGCGUGACUAGAAGCUCCGAGCUCAACCUCUUCGCAGAUCUUGAAAACGCUGCCAAGCUCGCUUGGGAUGCGGCUACUGUCAGCCAGCAUGUUCGCGAGGUCUUGAUCGAUCUCAUCCUUCGUCGUCAGCGCCUGAAGCUGACUGUAGCAGAGGGAAAACACCUCGAGCAGAUCAUGCUGGAGAAUAGCGGUAUGGCGACCGAAGUCUUGGAGGCUGCGGUCUCUAGGUGUCUCCUAGACGAGGAAGGGACAAUGUAUAGGUGUCCAAGCUGCUUACAGAGAUUCGCAACCUCGAUGGAGGGCGGUAGGAGCUAUACUUGCCCUGCGUGUUCCAGACGCUACGCCUCCAACAACUGGCGAGAUUCUUUCAAGGCGCGAUGA